AUCUCGGCGAGGGCAGAGCUCCAUUAAAAUUCAAAAUUAAAGUCAUGGUGUACCCAGUGCGGAACAAGGACGAUCUUGACCAGCAGCUAAUCCUCGCCGAGGACAAGCUGGUGGUAAUUGAUUUUUAUGCAGACUGGUGCGGACCUUGCAAGAUAAUAGCACCCAAGCUGGACGAACUGGCGCAGCAGUACUCGGACCGUGUCGUCGUACUCAAGGUGAACGUGGACGAGAACGAGGACAUUACGGUCGAAUACAAUGUGAAUAGCAUGCCCACUUUUGUGUUCAUCAAGGGCGGCAAUGUGCUGGAGCUCUUCGUUGGCUGCAAUUCCGAUAAGCUGGCCAAAUUGAUGGAGAAGCAUGCCGGCGUUUAUACCGAUGAAGCGGCCGACGUUAAGGCCGUCCAUAUCGAUGGCGAAUGCAUUGUCGAUCUGACCGCCGAGUCCAGUGAAAGCGACAACGACAACAACAACGUUAAUGAGGUGUCCGCCCACGACGAGAAUGCCGUUCUGGAGCACUAGGCAAAAGUACCAUUACACUCCGAACAUAACGACAACAUAUGUAUCUCAUCAUUCAACAGACGUAACGGAAGAAAGCAAUAGAUAUAUAUAUAUAUAUAUACAUAGACACACACACACACACACACACACACUUAUCGAUGUAUAUAUAUAUAUAUAUAUAUAUAAUACACACACUUAUCCCAGAUUUAUUAUGCACACUCAUAAUACUCAUCAUUUGUGGUGCCUAAAGUAUGAUGAUUGCAUUACAAUUGUAAGCCUGAUGAUGUUGUUACGGCGGAGGAGGACUACGUCGCUGAACGAUUCUACAUAUAGCAAACAUUUUGGGAAUCCGAGGACUUGUGGGACUUACUCAACACACGCUCCCGCACACCAAACUGAUGUUGAUUUUGCAGCGAGCUUGAUACACCAUGCAGACUGAGCAAAGGGACGCUAUAUAUAUAUAUAUAUAUACUACUAUACACCAUAUACUAUACACUAAAUGGAAAUAUGUACAAUCGACCGACAUAAAUAAUACGCAUUACUAGCUGUUAGUUAUAAGUUUGCAGACAAACAAAUAGAUCUACACAAUAAACAAUCAACUAUUCUAUUCU